CACAUGAAUUUUUUAACACUAACUCAACCCGAUCUACAACCCCAUUAACACACCCAAACCAUGAGCAGCCGGAGCCGAAACUUCCGCCGCCGCACCUCCGAAGACGACGGCGACGACGACGACUCCCAAUCCAAACCCCCCUCCAGCACCACCCCUAAACCUCGAAAACCGCCGCAACAAACCCCCAAAAAGCUCCUCAGCUUCGCCGACGACGAAGACUCCGACGACUCCCCCUUCACUCGCCCCUCCAAGCCCUCUUCCCAGCCCUCCCGGUUCGCGAAAUCUUCGCCGUCUUCUUCGGGGCACAAGCUCACUUCUGCCAAGGAUCGUGCUCCGUUGCCGAAAUCUUCGCUGGCCUCGAAUGUGCAGCCGCAGGCAGGUACGUAUACUAAAGAGGCUUUGUCUGAAUUGCGUAAGAAUACGAAGACGCUUGCGGUUAGUUCGAAGCCGCAGGCUGAGCCUGUUGUGAUUUUGAAAGGGCUAAUUAAGCCUAAGAGUAGUGAUAAUGAUAAUAAUAAUGAUAAUGAUAAUGGAUUACGCGACGAAGGAAGUGAUUUGGGUGAUAAAGGAAGUGGGUAUGGGAAGGAGGGGAAGAAAGGGGGUGAGGAGGGGUUGAUUCUUGAUAAGGCGGCGAUUGCGGCGAUUAGGGCGAAGAGGGAGAGGUUAAGGCAGGCGGGGGCGGUUGCGCAGGAUUAUAUUGCGCUUGAUGGUGGGAGUAAUCAUGGGGAGGUUGAGGGGCUGAGUGAUGAGGAGCCGGAGUUUCGGGGGAGGAUUGCGAUGUUUGGGGAGAGGAAUGAUGGGGGGAGGAAAGGGGUGUUUGAGGAUACGGUGGAUGUGGGGUUGAAGAGGGAGGUGGUUGUUAGUGGGAGUGAUAUUGAUGAUGAGGACGAGGAGGAGAAGAUUUGGGAGGAGGAGCAGUUGCGGAAGGGGGUAGGGAGGAGGACUGAUGAUGGGGCGAGUAGGGUUGUUAGUAAUGCUGUUCCUGCUGUUCAGCAGCAGAAUGUGAUGUAUCAGGCUGCACCGGCUUCGUAUCAGUCGAGUGCCGGUGGAUUGAGCAUUGGAGGAGUGGGUGGCUCAUUCCCGGGUUUGGAUGUGUUGUCGAUAUCACAGCAGGCUGAGUUGUCCACGAAAGCGUUGCACGAGAACAUCAGAAGACUAAAGGAAACUCAUGGAAGAACAACGGCAUCAUUAACCAGAACAGAUGAAAAUUUAUCAGCCUCACUGUUGAAGAUCACCGAACUUGAAACUUCUUUAUCUGCUGCUGGUGAGAAGUUCAUCUUUAUGCAAAAGCUUCGUGACUUUGUUUCGGUUAUAUGCGACUUUUUGCAGGAUAAAGCUCCGUAUAUUGAGGAACUUGAAUCCCAGAUGCAAAAGCUUCAUGAAGAACGUGCAGCAGCCAUAGUAGAAAGAAGAACAGCUGAUGGCAAUGAUGAAAUGAUAGAGAUUGAAGCAGCUGUUAAUGCAGCAUUGGCAGUUAUCAGUAGAGGAGGUAACAGUGCCACAAUGUUGGAUGCAGCUACCAUUGCAGCUCAAGCAGCAUCUUCUGCCUCCAGAGAAUCAAGGAAUCUUCCAGUGAAGCUCGAUGAGUUUGGUAGAGAUGAGAACCUUCAGAAACGUAUGGACAUGACACGGAGAGCAGAGGCCCGGAGACGCAGAAAAGCUCGGGCAGAUUCCAAAAGACUAUCGUCCAUGGAACAUGAUAGUCCAAAUCAGCCAAUUGAAGGAGAGUCAAGUACUGAUGAAAGCGAUAGUGAGAGUACUGCGUAUCAAUCCAACCGUGACCAGCUUCUUCAGAUUGCUGACCAAGUUUUCAGUGAUGCGUCUGAGGAAUACUCUCAACUUUCGGUAGUGAAAGAAAAGUUUGAAAGAUGGAAAAGAGAUUAUCCAUCAAGUUACAAUGAUGCUUACAUGUCCUUAAGUAUACCAGCUAUUUUCUCCCCAUAUGUAAGGUUGGAGCUUCUUAAGUGGGAUCCACUUCAUGAAGAUUCAGAUUUUAUUGAUACGAAGUGGCAUUCCUUGCUUUUUGAUUAUGGUAUUCCAGAAGAUGAUGCUGAUGCUAAUAUUAUACCUGAACUGGUGGAAAAGGUUGCAGUCCCCAUUUUGCAUCACCAAAUUUCAUACUGCUGGGACAUGCUCAGUACGCGUGAGACAGAGUAUGCUGUUACAGCAACAAGCUUGGUCUUUAGAUAUGUUCCACUGUCAAGCAAAGCUCUUGGAGAAUUAGUAGCUGCUCUUCGUGAUCGACUGAGUGAUGCUGUAUCUGAGCUGACGGUGCCAACUUGGAACACGCUUGUCUUGAAGGCUGUGCCUAAUUCAGCAAGAAUUGCAGCAUAUAAGUUUGGCGUUUCUGUGCGUUUAAUGAGAAAUAUUUGCUUGUGGAAUAAAGUUCUUUCAAUGGCUGUUCUGGAGAAGAUAGCACUUGAUGAUCUUUUGUCCGGAAAGGUUCUUCCACAUCUUCGAAGCAUUCAGUCAAAUGUUCAUGAUGCAGUGACAAGGACAGAGAGGAUUAUUGCUUCAUUAUGUGGGGUGUGGUCUGGUUCAAGUGUAACUGGCGAGAGAAGUCUAAAGCUGCAGCCACUGGUGGAUUACUUGCUUGUACUUGGAAGGAUACUGGAGAAGAAGCAUAAAUCUGGUGGGAUGGAAAUGGGAACAAGUGGACUUGCUCGUCGGUUAAAGAAGAUGCUGGUUGAGCUCAAUGAAUACGACCAUGCCAGGGCAAUAUCUAGAACUUUUAAUCUCAAGGAGGCAUUGUGAUGGGCAUGAGAUUUUAGUUUGUAUUAAAAGCUGCAUGUUUCUGCAUCUUGGAUAGAGCUCGAGGUUGUAAAAUCUUGUAGAAUUUUGAAGAUGAUCUAGGAUACUACUACUUAUGACAACUGUUUAGUUAUAAUCUUACAUUGAGCCGAAGAACUUUCUAUUUCUUUAAAUAGUUUCAAGUGAAAAAGGAAUCCCCUUUUAUUUGCU